UCAUGUAAGUCUUUUCAUUCAAAGGUGAGUCCUUUCAUUCCAAUGAACCACGAUGUGCAGUUUUGUUCUUCACCGUUUUACUAAUCUAUGUUGACUGUCACAGUUUGAAUGAAAUUGAGCUAUCAUUGUUAUAGGUACUAUAAACGUUAUGAAGACCUAGGGUAUAUUUAGUAUUCUGUUAACCAUAGUAGGGACUUAGCCAACACUGUGUCAGCCAAUUUAUGUGUCUUGGUUGAAGGAUGUGAGUCUAGCCUACGUUAUGAAUGUCAGCGGUGUUUUGGACAUUUUUGCAAGUGUUGGAUUUCAAAUAUAAUCUCCUCUUAGUAACUAAAAUGUUUAAAAAGUGUAUUGAAACAUGAUAAUCCACAUGGAGUAUAAAUUACUUUAAGUGGAAGUGACUGGCAUUAUAAAAGCCCCAAAUCCUCCUGGAAUAUGUCUUGAAAUGAGUCUGUUUCAUGUAUCAAGUAUUUGCCAAUGCAGUUUACAGUUCACAGUGUCCAGAAUACUGACCCAGUUACAGUAAGACAAACCACCAUAUGGUAUUUGAACCAUGCAAUAAAAAGGAAAUCAUUGAAAUUGUCAUAUAAAUUGAUAACAUACAUAUAAUAUGAUUUUCUUUUUUCUAUAGAAGUGACUGAGGCUUUUGACUAUCACCUAUAGCUUAUGCCAGAAAAUAGACCAUCCAGUUGGACUGAUUGACUUCUACUUCCUGCUGGGAAUAGAAGGGGGAGGUUGAACUUGAGAUAGAGUUCCUGAAAAAGCACAUCCCUUUGGCAGGAGCUGCUCGUAACCGAUAAACACUGGGACAGGAAACGGUGAAAGCAUUUAAAUAAGCCAGCAGGAAACAAUAUUUCUGUGUGUGUCAGAGAAGCAGGGGUGAGCUGUGAUGUGUUCGCUGUUGAAGUUUUGACAUCAUUUGCAUCUCUUCCAUGACUGGUGUGUUUACUAGUGUAGAUAGUGUAGCCUGGAUGCCUGGGUGCAACCCAAUCCUGUGGUGUUUGCUUGAGCCUCAUGUUGCAGUGGAUUUUCAGGUUGACUGACGGACGGUGUUGUGUGGUUCUGAUCUUAAGAGAGAGACACCAGGAUGGCAGCUGAAGGGGCCACAGAGAAGAGAGCCAACUUGGUGGCAUCUAAAGUCAUGUGGAGUAACAGGGAUGACGUACCUAUGUCAGCACCAGAACGGUCACAUGGCAGUGACAGAGCUGGAAUCUGUAGACAGAACAACGUCCAGCAGUGGCUUAGAAGUCAUGAGGCGGAUGCAAAACCAGACCACACCAGAGAAGCUGCAGCAGGGCUUUUAAAGAGGAACGCCAGCAGUGAGGAUGACUUAGCGUUGGGCGUCGAAGCAUCUUUAUAUGGUAAACAGGGAGUGAGGACCGUCCAGGAAUUUCUGAGGGGUUCCAGGUCCAGCCCAGUUCUCACCAGGUGGAACAGCUUGACCUCAGCCUUCUCAGCACAGUCGGCUCCACUCAGUGUAAUGGAUGUGCUGAAUCUGUGGAGUGAUGACCCAGAGGAGGUCCUACUAGAUCUGGGCUUCGGCUGUGACGAGCCUGACAUCUCUGGACGGAUCCCAGCCCGCUUCAUCAACAACCAGUCCAGCGCCCGGGGAAUCAACAUCCAGGUGUUCCUGGAUGCCCAGAAGAACCGCAUGGACAUAGAGAACCCUGAUGUCAGCAAUAGGUUCAGGCAGUUGGAGGUGCUGCAGCAGGUUACCACUGCGUUCUCAUCCCUGGUCGGUGGUGCGUCUACAGACUCCCUCUCCGAGAGCGGAGUUCCAGCUUUAGCUUCAGCCGAGGCCAGGGAGAAGAGGAAGAGGAUGGGCAUGCUGCUCCGCCGGGUCUCCAGAAAAACCCUCAGCCAGACCCAAAUCCAGACCCAGGACUCCCAGGACACAAACCCAACUCCCCACAGUCCCGUAGCCCACUUACAGCAGCCUCUGGCCGGCCCCCCUGACAGGCGGACCCCGCUGAAACGAGCCAGACAGGGCCUGGCUGAGAGUAUAUGUCUGACCCCACUGGUAGAGGAGCAAGGCCUAGCCUCGGAAGCACCAGAGCCCCACUCGGUCCCCCAGGAGGGUGCGCUCAGGCUCGAGGUGGGGAAGGAGUAUCAACCCCUGAUCUCCAGUGGUAUUCCAACCAGAAAGAAAAGUCCUGGGGAGGCCAGGGAGUCCUUUGAGAUGGAGGAGAUCCAGAGCUUUGAUGAGGGCAGUAUUUCUGGGAGCUACAUGGGAGCAUCUGACACCACAGCAGUGUGUGUGAUGAGGACUAACAGCUGCCAGUCUGACAGCAGUGGUUUCCUGGAAGAGCCCUUCAUCCCGUCCAUUACCCAGCAUCCCUCACCUGGACCCGAGCUCAUGAAGGCUUUGUCGGGAAUAUCUGGAGGCAGCACUGACAGCCAGAUCACUGUAAAAGGAGCUUCACCCCCCUCCUCCCCCCCAUCCACUUCCCUGGACCCUUCCCCUCCUUCCCUCUCCACGUGCCACCCAAGACCCGAGUCUCCUCUAUACAGACCAGAGACAACAAGCCCUACAGAGGAGACACCCAGACACCAGGAUUUCCCCACACCCCACUCCCUCCUCUCUGAUGCCUUGGAGAUGACUAACUCUGCGUUUGGAGCCAGGCCAAGCCUAAUGGAAAACACUGUCACUGAGGAAGAUGGAUUCUCUUCGGCCUGCUGUGCACCUUGUCAUAAGCCAGACUCUCCGUUACGGCACGUUAUUAUUAUCAUGAAAACAGAUAGAGAAACAGAACACUUUACUCUGGAAUCAGAGGAAGCUGUUCCAAUAGAAGGAGAGGAAAAGGCCAUAGCGGAACAAAGUGGUAAUGUUCAGACAGGAACAGAGGCUGUUGGUGAUCAGGACACCGAUUGUUAUGGGUCACAUGAAGGCUCUCUGAUGGACUCGGUGGCUCUGGUGCAGAUGAAGGAAGAGAUGGAGAUGAAGAUGGAAGUACAGAUUAGUUCUGGUUUGGAAGGUCCAGUGUUGGGUCCUAUCGCUGUUCCUGAGGUGGUAGAUCAAGGCUCUGAGACUGGAUCUGUUUGUCAGGACCGGUCCUCUGAAGAUCCUCUAUUAGGAUCUGACCCUAACCUCUCAGCAGUGCUAAGCCCUGCCUCCUCUCUCCCCGCAGCAGAACCUCUCUCUGCCUCCUCUCUCCCCCCAGCAGAGCCUCCCUCUGCCUCCUCUCCCCCCCCAGUGCACUGGGAAACGGGUGGCUCAGAGAUUUCAGAGGGAUCCUCAAGCUUGGUUGUCCAAGAGCCUGUUCCACCACUAAAUCAACCAACAAACCCAUCAACAGACCUACCUCCAGGCCCAGCUUUAACCUCACCUUCAGAGCAAGUGUCACUUCCAUCCCCAGCCUAUUCCCCACCACCAUCUCCGUCCCCAGCCUCAUGUCCACACCAACCUCCAGCCUCAGCUUUUCUGGCAGCAUCCAGCUCAUCUCCAACACAAUCCCAUUCCCCAAUCCCAAACCAUCCUCUAUCAGCCCUAACCACAACACCAAUCCCAUCCUCAAUUCCAAACUCACCAUCAGCCCAUUCCUUAACCGUAGCUCCAUCUCAAGCCCCAACCCCACUCGUCCCCCACAGUGGUGCUUUCAGGUCAGGUCGAUCUGUGUCUGUCCAGAUGCCCUCCUCCCUGCCCUCUGUCUCCCACUCUGCCCUCCGGAGAGGUGCUGUCCCCCACACCCCCUCCCCGCUCGGUCCUUCCUUCGAGCCCCUACCCCUGACUGACCUGACGCUCCGGCAGAGGCGGAACUCCUUCUCCAGGAAGGCGUGGUCAGAUGCUGAUGUCUCCCACCUUGCAGAACACAGAAACACUGCGGUUGCCAUGGGAAAGGCAGACAUGACACCUGAGACAAUAUCCCUCCCGUCCCCCUGCCCCUCCCCCUCCAUGUCAUCGUCCAAUCGGUGGCUGUCUCGCGACGGUUCACGAAGAUCCGGAAGUUUCCAGAUGAAGUCCACCUCCUUGGACACUGGGCUGUGGCAGGAGGAAGUGGGGGAAGAAGUGGGGGAUGAGGAUAGACGGUGGGAACGAGCCCUGUUCUCUGGGCUUUCCUGCUGCUGCUCCUGUGAUAACCGCUGUCGCUGCUGUUCUCAGAACAAUCGCCUCAAACCGUCCUCCGUUUCAGCUUUCCCUUAUUCACUGGAUGAGCUGGAGGGGAUGAUGCACUGUAUGAGGAAGUUCCGCUGUGUCCUGACAGACAUCGAGGAACAGCUGUCAGAAGACCAGGCCUCGGUGUACAGCUCACUCUCUGACACUGACAGAGAGGAAGUGCGAGACAUCUUGGAGCUGAGGAAAGCUGUGAAACAGGAAGCAGGAGAGUUGGAACUGCAGCUCACUGACCUGGUUCAUCGCUAUGACGACAGCUUCAAAAUGAAGAUGCACAGACUACUCGAUGAACAAUCUCACCUCUACACCCAGCUAAGGCUCCUGCCCCUGAUCCCUACGACCACAUCCACCCCUGGUUCUGCCUCCUCCAGGAGCAUGGCCACUCAGUGCUGCCUGCUGCCCUGGCUGCCUUUGACGGACAUGUCCAGGCCACGCCCCUCAUCGCAGGCCACCUGGGAUUUGGAGUCCAGAUCAGCUCUGCCAGAUUCCAGUUCUAUGGGCCAGAGGCUAAAACAUGGUUCUACAGGCACCAAGCCAGACAAACUGGACAUUGUGGGUUUCAUCCAGAGAGUAAGGGACCUUUGACCCCUGCUGAAGGAGUCCAUACGCCACUCUGUCAAUACUGACUCACUGGAGUAAAAGAGAGGUGGGGUAGCCCUGACUGACAGAUCUAGGCCAGGAUUCAAUCCUAAGCGUUUCCUAGGGCAGCGUACAAUACAGGCGACAAUUUGCCUUUCAAAGGCAUUUUCCCUGACGUUCGCAGAGAUCGCGUUCAUGGUAAACGCUGUGCAUGUCGGCUCAGACGUACAGUGCCUUUGAAAAGUCUUAUAAUAGUGCUCUGCUCUGUAACACGCCUUCGCGUGAAUACCAGACCUAUACCCUCUAAACUUGACUGAAAAAAACACUGCCUGUGUCCUCACCCACCCGUGGAUUGUUUUUCUGUCUUACAGAUGCUGCUUCUGCUGUAGCUAACUGAAGAUGAUCUGCUGUCUAAGUUAUAGUGUGUCCAAUCAACCUGGACUCGGGUAGAUGUAACAUGAUAAAUGUAAAUCUGUCUCCCUCCAUUUAGUAUGAUAUGUUAGGUGUGGUAAGGUAUGUAUUUCUUUGUGGAUGUCCAUCAUCCAUUAUGUUUUAACAAUUCAUAUGAUAUGUUACGAAUUGCAAUUUGUACAAUAUGUCACGAAAUUGCGAUUUAAGUAUGAUAUGUCACAAAUUCCAGUUUGAUGUGGCUAACCCUAACAUUCGUUAAGUAGCUUACGUUAACUAGGCAAAGGGUUAGCUAACAUGCUAAGUAGUUGCAAAAAGUAGUACGUUUCAAAAUAGCUAAUUAGCCUAAACGCUCAAGUUGUCCGUGAUGAGAUCGGAAGACGCAACAUUCCCACCUAUCCACCCCGACCCACCACCCUCCCUUCGUUUUUGCCUCAUGUAACCUUACCAAACAUACCAUAUCAUAUUAAUUUGAGUGUCCUGGAUUUACGUUGACUAUGUCUAGUCUAUGAAACCAGGCUGGUGUAAUCAAUGGAUUCCAUUACUACUAAAGUAGUCCAGUGUCCACAUGAUGAAUAAAAAGCAUGAAUGCAUGAAA